UCAGCCAAACAUACCCUUAGGCUAAGCUUGUCAUCCUUUGCUCCAUCUCCACCCCGUCAUCCUAGAAAGAAACAAAAUCUGCAUAAACCCUUCAUUUCUCACGGUGGUUCAAGCUGUUCCAUCAAUCCACUGAGCUCCCCAGAAAUUGUUUGAUACAGAAUAUGCCAUGGAGGCCCUCAAUGCAGCAUGCUUGACUCCCAUGUCCAUUCUUCGUGACAGAAAGAAAGAACCCAGAAAAUUUUCAUCAGUCCCUACUACUUUUCCACUCAAGUUCUCAAGUUCUGCUACUUUAUGCAACCAUCCAUCAACUUUACAAGAAUGUUUCUCAAGGGGUAUUCAAGGGGGUCUUGUCCUUCUAUCUUCAGCUCUUAAUACUGGGCUUGCUAGAGCUUUAUCAUAUGAGGAAGCACUUCAACAGUCUGUGACUAGCUCUACAGCUGUGGAACUUGAUCCAAGUGGGGUUCUUGAUAGUGUAUUAAGUUUUGUAACAGAGAAUCCUACAGUAAUAGCGGGGGGUGCCGCCAUUCUGGUGGUUCCCUUGAUUUUAUCUCAAGUUCUGAAGCAGCCUAAGCCAUGGGGUUUUGAGUCAGCCAAAAAUGCUUAUGCAAAGCUAGGUGAUGAUGCCAAUGCCCAGUUGCUUGAUAUAAGAUCACCGGCGGAAUUUAGGCAAGUGGGUAGCCCAGAUAUCCGGGGUUUAAGAAAGAAGCCGGUGUCUAUUGCUUAUAAAGGAGCAGACAAGCCUGGGUUCUUGAAAAAGCUUUCUUUGAAGUUCAGAGAACCAGAAAAUACUACAUUGUUCAUUUUAGACAAAUUUAAUGGAAAUUCUGAAUUGGUUGCGGAGUUGGUCACUGUAAAUGGAUUCAAAGCUGCAUAUGCAAUAAAUGAUGGUGCAGAAGGACCACGAGGAUGGAUGAAUAGUGGUCUUCCAUGGAUACCACCAAGGAAAGCAUUGAGUCUUGAUCUUAGCAAUUUGACAGAUGCUAUUGGUGGCACAGUCGGAGAGGGUUUAGAUGCCUUGAAUGUUACCCUUGGGAUUGCUGCAGCCGCUGGGUUAGGUUUAUUGGCUUUUUCAGAGAUAGAAACAAUACUCCAAGUAUUAGGCUCAGCUGCAAUUGUUCAGUUUGUGAGCAAGAAACUCCUAUUUGCUGAGAAUCGAAAGGAAACUAUACAACAACUUGAUGAGUUCUUGAACACAAAGGUUGCACCUAAGGAGCUUGGUGAUGAAAUAAAGCAAAUUGGAAAGGCUCUUCUACCAUCACCCGUGAUUAUCAAUGCUCUCCCUCCAGCUGUUGAUUCAAUCCCAGAGCCUGCUACCACUGAUAAUACUGUACAAAAAGCAGUAGCUGGUGAUUCAAAGGUAGAAACAGAUGGAAAAGCUACUCCUGAAAUAAAUUCAGUGCCCAAAACCGAAGUUAAAGCAGAAUCGCUUCCUGGAUUUUCAAAAUCACUUUCUCCAUAUCCAUACUAUCCAGAUUUGAAGCCCCCAACAUCUCCAUCGCCAUCGCAGCCGUAGAGUUGUUGUAAUUGCAUAAGAAUAUAGCAGUUUGUUUCUAUGACAAGCAGCUGUUGUCGGGGGAUUGGCAAAGCUAGUUUGUGAAAAUUUUCAGCUUACAUGAUAUCUUAGAUCCAUAGUAAAGAAUAAAAAAAAAAAUACACUGCUAUGAGCUAUGAAACAGAAAUCUUUCAUGCCAUUUUCCUUUUGUUUCUUAUGCUACUUUGUGUAAUCAUUGGGUGUCUUUUGGUUGGGAUUUCUGUAUUAGAUAUAUUCGGAUAAGGAGACCAGUAUUUCUUUCACAA